AUGGCUCCUGACCGCAUCACCAAUGCUAUCGACAGCUUGAUAACCCACAUCGUCCCUAGCGAUCCCAACGAUAGCGAAGAAGCCGCACAAGAGCGCCACGACACCUGCUUCGAACUUGUCAAGUCUAUUUUAGACAGCCCAUCCUCCCCCGCCAUUUCGUCCGACGUCAACCAUGCCUCCGACCUCAUAAAGCGGAAGCUCAUUCAAAGCAACCCGAGCCAGGCCCUCCGAUUCUCGAAUCUCUACUCCAGACUCCUAUCCUUACCCGUCCUCGAGCACAAGUGGGCAAUCCUCUACCUACUCUACCAGCUUGCCGACUCCCCGGACCCAAAUGAGCCCCUCCCGCUUAGCCCUGUGAAGCCAUCGGCGCCUAACUACCGAGACGCAAUCAGUCGGGACGUGAUCAAACGGCAAGGUCGAGAACGGUCAUCAAAAACAACCAAACAUGAGGAGGACCAGUUCAAGGAGGCAUUCCAGCCCGAAGGCCUGAAGAGUCUUCCACCCAAGGUCAAGGAGGGGAAGCAGGUUGAUGAGGAUGGAGAACCGCGGCCUGAAGCCCCCAAAAGAGACGUUUCCUUGAAGUCAACACUCUUGGCGAACAACUACUCGGAGAUCGAUCCGCCAGAAUCAGUCAUCCUCCGAGACCUCCCGUUCACCCUCCAAGGACUUUCCUCCACAACAUUACCCUUUGCGAAACAAUAUACCCUAAAACUCCCCCCUACUCUUCCCUUACCGCUCGUUUCUCUUCUCCACACCUUGGCAGAGCCCUCGUUGCUUUUCCGUGGUCUGGAUGAAUUCUGCAAGAGCCCCGCCAAGGGACUACUAGCCCAGAGCCUACGCGCUGCCAUCGGUGCCGAGUUACGAUCCUAUCUUACCUUGAUCGCCACCUUGGAAGGUCAAAUACGCAGGGCCUUGGCGUCGCUUGACGAGGACGCACCGCGUGCGGGUAUUGGAAAGGCAGGCGUCACCUUGAAAAGGUGUGUGGUAUGGACGCGAGAGGCGACAAUGGGACUGAGGUUGAUGAGUCUUAUUGCGGAAGAGUCUGAGAAGAAGAAGGGUGGACAACUCGUAUCCUUGAUACACAGUUUCUCCUCAUCACACGGAGAUCCUGUAGUGGCUGCCUUUGCCGAAAGACUACUCGCGAGCUUCACAAGACCAUUCUACGAUAUUCUGCGACACUGGAUCUACGACGGUGAACUCUCGGAUCCUUACGAGGAAUUCUUUGUAAGAGAGAAGGCACCGAGCAAAGAUUCCUCCAAGGGCAACGUCUGGGAAGACAAGUUUGAGAUUGACAAGGACAUGAUACCCAGCAUCAUCACCCAGGACUUUGCCCAAAAGGUCUUCCUGAUUGGCAAGUCGUUGAACUUUAUCCGACAUAGCUGCGGCGACUCGCUCUGGGUGGAAGACUACUCGAAAGCUGCAUCCAAGGAGUUGACGUAUGGCGAUACGGCCACGCUAGAGACAUGGAUCGAUGAAGCUUACAAGACUACCAUGAAGCGUCUCAUUGAGCUGAUGGCAAACAAGUUCCACCUGUUUGAGCAUCUGCAGGCAUUGAAGAAUUACAUCCUUCUUGGCCAGGGCGACUUCAUCGCUCUGUUGAUGGAAUCACUCGCCGCCAACCUGGAUCGUCCAGCAGGCGCGCAGUACAGGCACACCCUGACAGCACAGCUAGAGCACGCAAUCCGGGGAUCCAAUGCCCAGUAUGAUUCCCCAGAGGUCCUUCGACGGUUGGAUGCGCGCAUGCUGCAGCUCUCCCACGGCGAUAUCGGCUGGGACUGCUUCACGCUCGAGUACAAGAUUGACGCCCCCGUCGAUGUCGUGGUCACGGAAUGGGGCAACAGGCAGUACCUAAAGGUUUUCAACUUCCUAUGGCGUAUCAAGCGUGUUGAGUUUGCCGUCUUGUCUACUUGGCGCAAGUGCAUGACGGGUGCCCGCGGCGUGUUGCAGAACUCCGACCCUGCGGUGGCCCAGACGUGGAAAUCGACCCGCGGAGUGCUGGCCGAGAUGAUACACUUUGUGGGCCAACUGCAGUACUACAUCCUUUUCGAAGUCAUCGAGUCGUCUUGGGGUGAGCUCCAGAAACGGAUCCAAAAGGAGGACUGCACGCUGGACGAUCUCAUCAAGGCUCACACUCGUUAUCUCAACGAUAUCACGCACAAGGGCCUCCUCGGCGCCAAGCAAGAUGAUCGCACCUCUUACAUGGUCCAGCUCGGCGAGAUCCUGCGGCUGAUGCUCAGGUACCGGGAAUCGGUCGAUGGAUUGUACAGCUGGAGCGUGUCGGACUUUACGCGGCGCCAAGAGGCCGACGUCCGUAGCACGACACGGCACGACGACGACGCCGCCAUUCCGCCCGCCGACCAGGUGGCGUCCGAGUUUCCCGUGCUGCAAGAGCGGCUACGGCAGCUCGGCUCGUGGUUCCGCCAAAGGCUCCAAAUUCUAUUGGGCGACUUGGCGUACCAACCGGACGUGGAUAUGCGUUUCUUGGGUGUGGCCAUGAACUUCAACGACGUUUACCAGCCCACGAGAAAGAAGACCAAGGUCGCGCCAUCAGGGGGCGCUGUUGCGGCGAGUGCCUCCAAGGGAUGA